AUGGCCUCGCAUGGUAUUUGUUUUGUUCGGACAAAUUGAUCGGUGUUGUCUUAAAAUCCUGGUGAAACGUUAUCGUCCGCUGUUCCGGUUUACGUGAAUUUCUUCCGCCAGGCAUGCUCCAUCGGCCGGCGGUAUUUGUUGCCCGUUUUUCGCUGCACACUAGUGGUUUUUCUCGUUUUAAGUACGCGGCUCUCAGUCGAAUCGGCGGCGCGCGUGCAUUUUGAAAGAGUGUUUUUGUUUUGUGUUGUUCCCCGCUGUGGGUAAUUGAGCCGAUGAUGGAUUCGGGAAUUUUACUAGUUCCGAAGCUGGAACCACAUCCGGACGGGGUCGGGAAUAGUGCUUUGACCGGAGCGCUGCCAAAAGUGACGAUUGUUGCGAAAGGAGUUGAACUAGGCGAAGGGGGUUGUCGAGGAAGGACGGGAUGCAGCGGGAACAAACAAAAACACAGAUCCGGCAGAGAUGGAGAGCUGAUCCUGGUGAUGGAGCCUCAAAAUCCUUCCCCGACCAAGUAUUUCGAUCAAAAUGGAUUGCCCCUGAAGAAGGAACUGGUUGAGAAUGAGCUGACGGAAGAACUUCCCGCGGGAAAAGCUUCCUCGAAGAAACGAUCCAAACUAACGAUAACCUGCCACAAGUGUUCCAGGCUGUUCGAGACGAAGAUAGAGUACGAAUUCCACUACCGGAAGAGUUACAACCAGGAGCCAAUCUACUGCUGCACAACUUGUGAUAAACAGAUAUCCCAGUACAAAGCUUACAGAUUGCAUAUUUAUCGCCACUUGAACAGUGCGAAUCAGCGAUAUACCUGUGGAACCUGCGCCAAAGUGUUCCAUCAGAAGUCGGACCUGACCAGGCAUGAAGGUGUCCAUGAGAGUCAAAUCCCAGCUUCCCGCCCCGAAUCGGAUCUCAUGGCCGCCACAAUGGCAGGGAAAAUCAAUUGCGAUCGGUGCGACGCCGUUUUCGGCAGCCAAGCCGAGGUCAGGAUCCACAUCAAGAAGAUUCACCCGAUUCCCAAGCAGAUGAUCGAAUGCCCCGAUUGCGGGAAAUUCCUAUCGGCUGGGAGUUUAUACUCGCACCGGAAAAUCCACUCGGAUGGGCCGAAAUUCACCUGCGAGGAUUGUGAUAAGUCGUUCGUGCAGAAGAUCAACUUCAUUCACCACCGGAAAAAACACCUGCCGAACGAUGAGCGGCCGUUCCCGUGCGGGGAGUGCGGGAAGGCGUUCUUCGAGAAGUCCCACCUGCAGAGGCAUCAGUUCUUCCACUCCGAGGAGCGACCGUACAAGUGCGAGCUUUGCGGCAAGUGCUACAAAACCGAGCGGUGUUUGAAGGUAAGGCUUCUGCUCUAAAUAUCGGACAUGGUAUUUUAGACUCUUAAUUGAUUGACUUCUUUAUUGGUAUUAUUCCAAACAUUACAUUCAUUUUCAUAUCUAAGAGUUCUGUGUUCAACACUAUCAUUCUAAAUCGGUAAAAUUAAAUUAUGUUGUUUGUCAUGAUUUUCCCAUGCAUUCCAUUAAAAAUUAAUUCAGGUGUAUGACCAAAUAUUAUUAUGAUUUCAACCAGUAAUUUUUCAGAUGCCUCCUGAGAUGUUUUUUUUUUGAUACCUUCAGAAAUUACUCCGAAGAUUUCUCUUAUGAUUCCUUCAGAAAAUGAUCCGAAAAUUCUUUGAGGAACUUCCCAGUGAAGUCCUCCGAGUAAGUAAUCUUUGAUAAAAAUUCUGUGAAAAUUUCUAUUGAAGUUAUGCAAGGAUCUGAACUCUUGAUGAAAUCUUGAAGAAUUUUCUAGAUAAA